UUUUGACUGGAUUUUUUAUUUUAGGUAUGAAUUUUCGAAUUUAGGUAAUUUUUGCAAACUUAAAUACUUGAUACCUUAGAUAUUAUAAAAACUAAAUGAAGGAAGGUUUUAAAUUCGAAAUAAAUUUAUAAUAUUAUAAUUUUGAUAAUAUAUAUAUAUAUAUAUAUAUAUAUAUUAUUUUAAUUUUAAUAUGUAUAUGUACAAUUUUAAUGUCGGUACUAAAUGGUGCCAAAAAAAUAAUCACGGCAGUAAUUAAUUUGAUUGAGAUUUUUAUUUUGGGUUGAAAUUUUACUAUUUAGGUAAUUUUUCCCUACUUAAGUACUUGAUAUUUUUCAGCACAUAAUCCCCUCCCUAAUAUAUGGACGAAUUAAAAACUUGAAUACUUGAUAUCUAUGUUAUUAUAAAAAUUAAAUGAAGGAAGUUUUUAAAUUCGAUAUAAAUUUAAAAUAUUGUAAUUCUGAUAUAAUAUAUAUAUAUAUAUAUAUAUACAUACAUAUAUAUAGAUUUAGGUUCACGUGAGAACUUAAUCUUAGGAGAGUAAAAAAGAUCCCAUCUUCACCAUUGGAUUAGAUUAGAAUAAUCCGUGCGCCUAAACCUUCAUUAUGGGUAAUAAAGUCAAUUUGAAUUGUACGUUUGUAGACUUCCUAAACGUACGAUGCAUGAUUUCCUUCUACAACCGUUUCUCCAGGAUUUCUUUCCAAAGAUAUUUUCGUCCAUCUGCGUUCUUCUUUCCUUGUUCAAAGGUAUUGAUUGAAUUUCGUCCAGAAGCGAAAGCUUUGCUCGGAUUUUGGUGCUCUAUUAUUCUUCCUUUGGCGUUUUUUCUUUCCGGCCUCCUUUGUGCUUGUCGAGUUUUAACCUAUCGUAUUUGGUGUACUGCGUUUCGAGUUUCCAGGCCAAAGAUUAUAUGGACUUCGGUGAGUAUUAUUGGAAUGAAUUUUGUUAUUGUUUAAACUGAUCAAGUUUAACAUUCUGGGAUGAUUAUAUGUGCAACUUUUACCCAAAACGGACAAUUAGGACAUAUGAUUUUUUCGUUGUUUCAAUAUUGUAAACAACAUGCGCUUAAUGGAUUUAAAAUUUGUGUAAUGUACAUGCUUAAACUAUGACUAUUUUGGAAUGCACUCUAAAUUGGAUUAUGAUGGAUAUGCUAUACGUUUGGUUGGAUAUUGCACUUUUACUCUAGUGUAUGUUAAGAGCACGUUUUUGUUAAUUUAUGAGUAUUAUUGAUGCGCACUUCGAAUAUUAUUAUGAUGCUCUUAUAUGCAUUCUUAUAUUGCACUUUUACUGUAGUUUAUGUUAAUAGCAUGUAUUUGUUAAUUUCUGAAUAUUUUUGUUGCACACCUUAAAUAUUAUUGUCAUGCUCUUAUUAUCUUAUAUGCAUUUUGAUAUUGCCCUUUUUUGUAUACAUUUUGCUAAAGCAUAUUUUUGUGAAUAUUUUUUUUGCAUGCUUCCAUUAGAUUCAAAUGAUGUUCCUUUCAGUGCAUCUGAAGCCGUUUCUCAAUCAUUUGAUGUUAAUACAAUGCAAGUUUCUCCGGGAUCCACUAUGUACUGCACACCGGAUUGUGACCCUGCUUUUAAACCGCAUGUUGGUAUGUUGUUCAACAACUUGCAUGAUGGUAUGAGUUUUUAUGAUCAAUAUGAAAAAAUUUGUGGUUUUGAAUCACGUAAAAGUAGUCAAAAAGGGCUCGUGGUGGCGUUAUUCUUUGGAAACAUAUGGUGUGUAAUAGGCAGAGCUUCAAAAAUGUAUCUAAAUCUAAGACGGUUGCACCUAACAGUGAUUCCUGCAAGAAUGUUGAUUUAGAUAAUGAGUGUAGCGGUGAAAACGAAGAGUUCAUUAUUGAAAAUGAGUCAUGUGAAUCUGAUGGAUCUGAAAAUAAAGAGGAAGCUCACGUUGAAGAUUUAGCAACUCCUGGCAUAUGCGUCGAUGAUGACAAGAAAACAAGACACACAGUUUCUAAUAGGUGUGAUUGCAAAGCUCGUGCAGUUUUUAGGCUUGCAGGCAUGGAUGGAUACAAAAUUAAAUUCUUCGAGGAGAGGCAUAAUCAUUCAAUGCAUUCCCUUUCUUCACUGCGUUUUUUAAAAACCAACAGGAAACUCGACAUUGGUCAUCAAAAAUUUGUCCUUAAUUGUGCUAAAGCAAAUAUCGGUACUAUGAAAUGCUACCGAUUGUAUAAGGAAACUGUUGGGGGUUAUGCCAAUAUUGGUGCCACAUCCGUGGAUUUUAAGAAUUUUAAACGCGACUUGAAGGCUUAUUUAGUUGGUGUGGAUGCCCAAAUUUUGAUAGAUAAGCUAUUUAGAAAGAAAGAGAUUUCUUCAGCGUUUUCAUUUGACUACGACGUUGAUGAGAGUGACCAGCUAACACAUGUAUUUUGGGCGGAUCCAGUAUGCAUAAAGAACUAUGCGUUAUUCGGGGACGUUGUCUCUUUUGAUGCUACAUAUGAGAUGAACAUGUUUUGUUUUUUAACUAAUUAUUGCAUUUAUUAACUUCACUUUUUUUAUUUAUAUGCGUUUUUAAAUUAUUGUUUUUUUAAUUAUGUUAUGCAUUGCAAAAGCAUUGGUCAUGCACGUAUUUUGUUUAUUCAAUGCACUUUUGUGUUUUUACUUCACAAUGUAGGUAUGACAUGGUUUUUGCCCCUUUUACUGGCGUUGAUAAUCACAAAAAGUGCAUUACUUUUGGUGUGGGUUUGUUGUCCAAAGAAGAUGUGGAAUCAUAUGUUUGGUUAUUUCGUUAUUUCUUGAAUGCAAUGGGUCGGGAACUAAAGUGCAUCAUAACAGAUCAAGACCCAUCCAUGAAAAUUGCUAUUCCACACGUCUUCACCAAAUCAUGUCACAGAUUUUGCAUGUGGCAUAUUAUGGAGAAGGAUCGGGAUAUUGUGUUGCCACAUUUUUUUGUGUUGAAAGAGAAGAAGGUCAAUUCAAUCCCAGAUAGAUAUGUGCUACGUCGAUGGUGCAAAGAUUCCAUUUUAAAGCCCCUUAAUGCAUUUGAAGCUGGCAUUUUUCAACAGUGUCUUGACACAGAAGAACAAAACCUAGCCAUGAAGACAUUGUGGUCUGAUAUUCAUUUUUGCGUUGGAAUGAUUGACCAAAAUCCUCAAAUGUUUCAGCAGUUUGCAGAUGCCAUUAAGGUGCAGAAAGAUUUACUGUCUACCUCUCAAGGAAAUAGUGCAUCAGGAUCUACAAAAAAUGAUGUUUUCAAAGCCUUUUAUGGGUCCUUUAUUCCUACCCAAGUUAGUGUGCGCCCACCACAGCAGGCUCGAAAUAAGGGUUGCGGUAAGAGAAUUAAAGGAGGCAAGGAGAAGGCAAUUGAAGUGAGCCAGAAGUCUAAGAGAAUAUGUAGAAAAUGUAAUAAAAAAGGCUAUCAUGACAGUCGAAAUUGUCCUUUGAACUCGGAUGAAUGAUUAUUCUUUUUUAUUUGUCUUUCACAAGUUGGCCUUUGAGCUUGGAGCAAUGUUGCUUUUUUAUGACUUGUAAUUUGAUUUCGUACUUGUCAUAAUAUCACAAAUUAAUUGUG